CAGUUGUCGUGCAGCAGCAGCAGCGUGGCUCCGGCGCGAAACCCUCUCCUCUCGUCUCCCUCUUCCUCCUCGCUCGCACUUACACGUCUCCUUCCCACUCCACACACUCACGCCCGCCCGCCGAAGCAAACGAAAGCAACAGAAAGCGACUAUUCCGUGCUCCGCUGACUCGCCAUGCCGCCGCAGUCCGCGACCGCCUCCGGCGUGCCCGCCGACACCGUCGCCGAGAUCAACCGGCGCAUACUCGAGUCCGGCGAGCUCCACAAGCUAGAAACUCUCCUCCUCCAGCUACUGCAGGAAUCGGGAUGGACCGAGAAGCUGCGCGCGCUGUGUCAAGACCGGCUGCGCGAUCCGAACGCCGCCGUCGGGAACUACGAGGAGCUGCGCGUCGCUGUCGAUCAGGAGGCCAGGGAGACGGUCCCUGAGGCUGUCAAGGUCGAGAUGGUCAAGAGGGUGCUGCAGGUGCUGAGGGGUAUGGUCGAGGAUUAGGACGAGGACUACGGCGAGGGGGAGGGGAGGCGGAAUGGCGUUAUGGGGUUUGGAGUUCUACUUUAUCUUCUUCUUACUACACUCGGGUUUUGUUUAGGGGAUACAGGAGCUGGAGAGGUGGUAAUCGGCGGUGGUGGUGCGGAUAUAUUCUACAGGUGGUGCUGGUACCUUACUUGUUAGAAGGUGGGCGCGUCGGAAGAACUAUGGACGUGGUGGUAGUGUUGCUCUACGUGAAUUCUCAACCAUCUCUCGCUAUCGAGGUCGUUCGCACUGGUACAUACAUAACUUGGGAUCUCACUCGCAUCUGGUCCUGCUAAUCGUACCCCGCAUUCAUCGCACGUGUUCUGGUCUAGAUAAACAGGCUGGACUGCGCAUG